GUUCAGGAUUGGAUGCAGCUGUGCAGGUCUCAGUCCUGCUGGAAGCUCCUGAAUCAAAUCCCAUGGAUCUUCAAUCAUGGACGAGUCGGCGUUGGAGCGUUACUUUGAUGACUCCAUUGCAAAUGACGACUUCCUUUUGGAGGAUGAGCUUUGCCUCAAGGGUCCGGACGCCCCGUUACAGCACACCUCCGGCCCCCUGGUGAAGGUGAAGCCGAGUGGAGCGGCGGGGCAGGAUCUCGACCUCAGCUUCCUGCCUGAUGAGCUCAGCACCCAGGACGAGCGGAGACCUGGAAACAGAAAUGAUAGUCAGUCUUCAGCUCUGAAUGUCUCUCGGGACAGUGGAGUUGGUUUGGACUUCAACUCCCAGGCUUCCACACUGGCAACACAAGACGACCUCCAGCAAGGCUCUUCCAUCUCGGGGCUGGGGACCAGUGCCUUCUGUCCCAUGACCCCCAUGACUCCCGUGACCGUGAUGACCCCAGUAACUGAGAGGUCAGGAAUCGUCCCACAGCUACAGAACAAUCUGGUUCGGUUUUGGAACAUCGUCUCCACAGUGAACCUGGGCUGUCCUCUGGAUCUGAAGUUCAUCGCGCUGCAAGCCAGAAAUGCAGAGUACAACCCAAAGCGUUUUGCAGCGGUCAUCAUGAGGAUCAGAGAGCCGCGAACCACCGCUCUAAUCUUCAGCUCCGGGAAGAUGGUCUGUACAGGAGCCAAGAGUGAGGAGCAGUCACGCCUGGCAGCCAGGAAGUACGCCCGGGUGGUUCAGAAACUCGGUUUUCCCGCCCGCUUCAUGGACUUUAAGAUCCAGAACAUGGUGGCCAGCUGCGACGUCUGCUUCCCCAUCAGACUGGAGGGACUGGUGCUGACACACCAGCAGUUCAGCAGUUAUGAACCGGAGCUGUUUCCGGGCCUCAUCUACCGCAUGGUGAAGCCUCGCAUCGUCCUGCUCAUCUUCGUCUCUGGGAAAGUUGUUCUGACCGGAGCUAAAGAACGAGGGGAGAUCUACGAUGCGUUUGAGAACAUUUAUCCGAUCCUGAAAGGCUUCAGGAAACAGUGAGGCCAACCUCUGGUGUCACUUCCUGUUUAUUUGUAAAUACACAAUAUAUAAUUGUUGUAUGUUUUAUUGUUUGGAUGGUAAAUGACUCAUUUGUUCGUUUUGGAGUCUCGUUGAAUGUUUCACCAUCCUGAAAGAAAGAAAACUGACCUAUGAAAUGCUUUGUCUUCCUCUGAAUCAGACUUAAAUUAUUGUUCUGUAUUUUCACACUUUAUAUGUAAUACAUUUCAAUGGCCUGCAUUCUUUUGAAAAUCACUUAACGUAUUCAGAUAAUAAUAGAUAUUAAAUUAUGUAUUUUUGAUUUAAAGGCCAAGCAAUAUGUACAGUACCUCCUUUCUAAUAAAGUUUGUGUUUGCUGACAAUUA